AUGACCUCUGCAUCCGCCAUGAAAGCCGCUGGAGUUUUGGUUCUGUUUACUGUUCUAACAUUAGCUUAUGCGAAAAAGUCAGCUGAUGUGACAGAGUUGCAGAUUGGUGUCAAGUUCAAGCCUCAGAAAUGUGAUAGUCAGGCUCACAAAGGGGAUAAGAUCAAGGUCCACUACCGGGGAAAGUUAACUGAUGGAACUGUUUUUGAUUCAAGUUUUGAGAGGGGUGACCCUAUUGAGUUUGAGCUUGGAACUGGUCAAGUCAUUCCAGGAUGGGACCAAGGUUUACUGGGAGCUUGUGUAGGUGAGAAGAGAAAGCUGAAAAUCCCAUCCAAACUUGGUUAUGGUGAUAACGGCUCACCACCAAAGAUCCUGGGUGGGGCGACACUGAUAUUCGACACCGAGCUUGUUGCUGUGAACGGGAAAACAUCCAGCGAGGGAAAAARGAAGAAUGAGCUUUGA